AUGGAGCUGUGCGCACAUAUCGCGCUGUCAGCGGUGCGUUUCUCAGUCUACAGCGCCAGGCUCUGCCACUACAGCCAUGGCUGAGGGGGGAGAAGGGGAAGAUGAAAUCCAGUUCUUGCGAACUGAUGAUGAAGUGGUGCUCCAGUGUGUUGCUGCUAUUCAGAAGGAGAAUCGUAAAUUUUGCCUGUCUGCAGAGGGACUUGGAAAUCGACUUUGCUACCUCGAGCCCACCUCAGAAGCUAAGUAUGUUCCUCCUGACCUGUGCAUCUGUAACUUUGUGCUGGAGCAGUCUCUCUCUGUACGAGCCCUGCAGGAGAUGCUGGCUAACAUAGGCCAAAAUGGGGAAGGUGCAGGACAGGGGGGUGGACAUCGGACACUGCUGUAUGGUCACGCCAUCCUACUGAGACAUUCAUUUAGUGGAAUGUAUUUAGCCUGUCUGAAGACAUCAAGGUCUCUGACAGACAAGCUAUCAUUUGAUGUAGGAUUACAGGAAGACUCAACAGGCGAGGCCUGUUGGUGGACCAUUCAUCCAGCCUCAAAACAGAGGUCAGAGGGUGAAAAGGUUCGCAUUGGUGAUGACCUCAUUUUGGUCAGUGUGUCCUCAGAGAGAUUUCUGCAUCUGUCCAUCUCCAAUGGAAACAUACAAGUGGAUGCUUCUUUCAUGCAAACACUGUGGAAUGUGCAGCCUACCUGCUCUGGCAGCAAUGUAGCAGUGGGAUAUUUACUGGGGGGUCAUGUGAUGCGCCUGUUCCAUGGACAUGAUGAGAGCCUUACUAUACCAGGAGCGGAUCAGUCCGCUGAGCAGCAGAGGCUGGUGAACUAUGAGACUGGAAAAUCAGGGUCCAGGGCCAGGUCCCUUUGGAGGGUAGAGCCACUUCGGAUCAGCUGGAGCGGGAGCCAUAUUAGGUGGGGUCAGCCCUUCCGCCUACGUCAUCUCUCCUCUGGUCAUUAUCUGGGUCAGACAGAAGACCGGGGUCUGGUGCUAGUGGACAGAGAGAAGUCUGAUACCACUGCCACAGCAUUUUGCUUCAGGCCAAGCAAGGAGAAAGUGGAAUCUGGUCCAAAGCGGGACAUUGAUGGUAUGGGGGUGGCAGAGAUCAAGUAUGGUGAUUCAGUCUGCUUCAUCAUGCAUGUGGCGACAGGGUUGUGGCUGUCCUACCAGGCACCGGAUGCAAAAUCCUCUCGCCUUGGGCCACUCAAAAGAAGGGCUUUCCUUUAUCCAGAGGGCCAUAUGGAUGAUGGGCUGAUUCUGCAGCUCUGCCAGCAUGAGGAGUCCAGAGCAGCUCGCAUCAUUCGCAACACCACACUUCUCUUUACCCAGUUUAUCAGAGGGCUGGAUGAAUUGAAGGGUGAGAAUGCUUCAGGGGUGAGUCUGCCGGUGGGAGAGGUACUACAGACCCUAAACGACCUCAUCACUUACUUCCAACAGCCUGAUUCAGAGCUGGAGCAUGAGGAGAAGCAGAGGCAACUCCGCUCACUUAUCAAACGCCAGGACCUUUUUAAAGAGGAGGGAAUGCUUACACUGGUCUCUAUCUGCAUCGAUCGGCUCAAUGUGUACAACAGUGCUGCUGAGUUUGAGGAGUUUGCAGGUGAAGAGGCAGGAGAGGCCUGGAAGGACAUCCUCAACCUGCUCUAUGAGUUGCUUGCUGCCCUGAUUCGAGGAAACAGACCCAACUGCACACAGUUCUCCCGCAAACUGGACUGGCUAAUCAGCAAACUCGAACGCCUGGAGUCCUCCUCAGGCAUUCUGGAGGCGCUGCACUGCAUCCUAACGGAGAGUCCGGAAGCUCUAAACAUCAUCCAGAAAGACCACAUUAGAUCCAUAAUUUCCCUUCUCUAUAAACAUGGACGCAACCACAAGAUUCUGGAUAUUCUCUGCUCCCUUUGUGUCUGCAAUGGAGUGGCAGUCCGAGCCAAUCAGAACAUCAUCUGUGACCACUUGCUUCCCAGAAGGGAUCUGCUGCUCCAAACACGUUUGGUCAAUGAUGUGCAAAGCAUGAGACCAAACAUCUUCCUGGGUGUAAGUGAGGGAUCAGCUCAGUAUAAGAAGUGGUACUUUGAGCUGAUGAUUGAUCAGGUGGACCAUUUUGUCACAAGUGAAGCCACUCACCUCCGUGUAGGCUGGGCCAGCACUAAAGGCUAUGCUCCCUACCCUGGGGGUGGAGAGGGCUGGGGGGGCAACGGUGUUGGUGAUGAUCUCUAUUCUUAUGCCUUUGAUGGACUUCAUCUGUGGUCAGGGAGAAUCCCACGGGCUGUGGCCUCUAUUAACCAGCACUUGCUGUCCUCUGAUGAUGUGGUGAGCUGCUGUCUGGACCUCGGCGCCCCCAGCAUGUCCUUCCGUAUUAAUGGCCAACCUGUGCAGGGAAUGUUCGAGGACUUCAACACGGAUGGUUUCUUCUUCCCUGUUGUCAGCUUUUCAGCAGGGGUCAAGGUUCGGUUCUUGUUGGGUGGUCGCCAUGGUGACUUCAAGUUCCUACCCCCUGCUGGCUAUGCUCCUUGUUAUGAAGCCCUUCUCCCCAAAGAAAAGAUGCGUGUGGAGCGUAAGGAAUAUAAGAGAGAUAUGGAGGGAGUGAGGGAUUUGUUGGGGACAACCCAAUUACUCUCUCAAGCAUCCUUCAUUCCCAUCCCUGUCAAUACCAGCCAAAUUGUACUGCCUCCACACCUAGAAAAUGUGCGUGAUAAGCUGGCUGAGAACAUCCAUGAACUCUGGGGUAUGAACAAAAUCGAGCUUGGCUGGACCUAUGGCAAGGUACGUGAUGACAACAAGAGGCAGCAUCCUUGCCUAGUUGACUUUUCCAAGCUGCCAGAAACUGAAAAAAAUUAUAACCUGCAAAUGUCAACAGAAACAUUAAAGACCUUACUAUCUUUGGGAAGUCAUGUUGUGCAAACCAACAUCAGUGCCGAAGAUGAACUGAAAAGGAUCAAACUUCCCAAAGAAUAUGUGAUGUCAAAUGGUUAUAAGCCUUCACCACUAGAACUUUCUGAUGUGAAACUGACACCUGGUCAGGAGGUUCUGGUUGAUAAACUGGCUGAAAACGCUCAUAACGUUUGGGCCAAAGAUCGCAUUAAGCAAGGAUGGACUUAUGGUAUUCAGCAGGAUUUAAAGAGCAGACGCAAUCCUCGGUUGGUGCCAUAUUCUUUGUUAGAUGAACGCACAAAGAAAUCUAACAGAGACAGCCUUCGAGAGGCCAUCCGAACACUAAUUGGAUAUGGAUACAGCAUUGAGCCCCCAGACCAAGAGGCUGUCCAUGUGGUGGAGAAGCAGAGUGUUGAAAAUAUUCGUUUCUUUCGUGUGGAGAAGAGCUAUGCGGUGAAAUCGGGGAAAUGGUAUUUUGAGUUUGAGGCUGUGAGCGGAGGAGAAAUGUGCGUAGGCUGGGCUCGGCCCAGUUGCAGACCUGACAUUGAACUGGGCAUGGAUGACCAAGCUUAUGUUUUUGAUGGCUACAGAGGUCGACGUGUACACAUGGGCAGUCACUUUUUUGGGAGAACAUGGAACAAGGGUGAUGUGGUGGGAUGCAUGAUUAACAUGGAGGAUAAAUCCAUUAUCUUUACUCUCAAUGGAGAGAUCCUUAUCACCAACAAGGGCUCUGAGCUCUGCUUCACAGACUUUGAGGCUGAAGAUGGCUUCAUCCCAGUUUGCUCGCUUGGGCUCUCCCAGAUUGGCCGCAUGAACCUGGGCAAGGAUGCCAGCACCUUUAAGUACUACACUAUGUGUGGCCUUCAGGAGGGCUUUGAGCCUUUUGCCGUCAACAUGAACCGAGAAAUUACAAUGUGGUUCAGCAAACGUCUUCCUACAUUUGUCAAUGUGCCAGUGGACCAUGCACACAUUGAGGUCACUAGAAUUGAUGGGACAGUGGACUCUCCACCAUGUCUGAAGGUUAGCCAUAAGACUUUUGGGACACAAGCUAGCAACAAUGAUAUGAUCUACUGCCGCUUGAGCAUGCCUGUUGAGUUUUAUUCCAGCCCCAAAAAAGGCAUUAAUAUGAACGAGGUGGGUGUUGAUGGUCAGAAACCCAAGAAAGACUACAUUGGAAAGACUGAUUAUAGCAAGAUUACAAAGUAUUUCUACUCAGUGAGAGUGUUUGCAGGUCAGGACCCUGCUUCAGUGUGGGUAGGCUGGGUAACACCAGACUAUCAUUACUACAGCAAGAAUUUUAACUUGAGCAAAGUUCGCACAGUGACUGUAACUCUCGGGGAUGAGCGUGGCCGUGUUCAUGAAAGUGUGAGAAGGAGUAACUGCUACAUGGUUUGCGCUGGUGACAUUUCUAGCAGCUCUUCUGGUCGUGCUAAUGCUGACCUUAUAAUUGGAUGUCAUAUUGAUCUGGCCUCUGGCCUUGUUUCAUUCUCUGCCAACAACAAGGAGCUGCCUAUUGCAUAUCAGGUUGAGCCCAACACAAAAUUUUUCCCUGCUGUGUUUGUUCAACCCACAAGCCCCAACCUGUUUCAGUUUGAGUUUCCAAAGAUCAAGGAUGCCAUGCCACUAUCAUCAGCCAUUUUCAAAAGUCUUCACAAUAACCCAGAACCACAGUGUCCUCCAAGGCUGGAUGUGCAGACCAUUGUAGCUGUUCUGUGGAGCAGGAUGCCCAACACUUUCCUCUCAGUGGAGACUGCACGGGUCAGUGAGAGGCAUGGCUGGGUUGUGCAGUGCCUGGAGCCCCUGCAGAUGAUGGCAGUACAUAUUCCUGAGGAGAACAGGUGCAUAGACAUCAUGGAGCUCUCGGAGAAUGAAGAUCUGCGACAGUUUCACUAUCAUACACUGAAACUCUACUGUGCUCUGUGUGCUCUGGGAAACACUCGUGUGGCACAUGCCCUCUGCAGCCACCUUGACCAAUCGCAGCUCCUUUACACCAUUGACAAUCAAUUCCUGACAGGACAGCUACGUGAGGGCUUUUACGAUGUUCUUAUCAGCACCCACCUGGAGACAGCAAAAGAAGCACAGCUCAUGAUGAAAAAUGAAUUUAUCAUACCCAUUACAGAUGAGACCUGUAGCAUCUGUCUCUUCUCUGAUGACUCCAAACACCACUCAUUGCCUGGCGUGGGCCUGAGCACAUCCAUUAGCCCUCGGCUCAACUUUACACCACCGUGCUUCAUCACAACUAAGCGGGAGCACUUAUACAGUCCACAGAUACCGCUGGGCAUUUUAAAGGAGAAGGCCAUCAGCAUGCUGACAGAGGCAGUGCAGGGUGGAGGGACGCAUAUUCGUGAUCCUGUAGGGGGAAGUGUGGAGUACCAGUUUGUGCCCAUUCUCAAACUAAUUGCCACUCUGCUGAUUAUGGGUGCUCUGAGUAGUGAGGAGGUGAGGAUCAUCCUUCUGCUUAUUGAACCCAAUGUUUUUGGUGAAAGCAAGGAGGAGGAGACACAAAUUGUGGCUGCAGAGGAGCCAGCAGAAAAAGAAGAGGCAAGCAGUAAUGAGGACAAGGCUGUGGAAGCAGGAGAGGAAGAGAGCAAAGAGCACAAGCAGCCACCCAAAGGCCUUUUGGAGAAGAGCCUUCCUGAGUCAGUCAAACAUCAGAUGUGUGAACUCUUGCACUAUUUCUGUGACUGUGAGCUGAAGCAGCGUAUCGAGGCUAUUGUGGCAUUCUCAGAUAAUUUUGUGGCCAAACUGCAGUACAACCAGAAGUUUCGUUACAAUGAACUCAUGCAGGCCCUCAACAUGUCUGCUGCCAUCACUGCAAAGAAGACCAAGGAAUUCCGUUCACCUCCUCAAGAUCAGAUUAACAUGCUUCUGGACUUCAGUGCUGGAGAGGAUUGUCCCUGUCCUGAGGAAAUUCAAGAGGAGCUUCGUGCCUUCCACGAUGACCUGAGACUCCAUUGUGGUAUUCCCAUGGAGGAAGACGAGGAGGAACCUGAUACAUCUAUCAAAGGCCGAUUGCUUUCCUUGUUAUAUAAAAUCAAAGGUCGCCCACAGAAAACUGAGGAACAACCAUCAGAGGAAGAGCAAGCAGCUCCAACAAACUUGAAGGAGCUGAUCUCACAGACAAUGGUGAGCUGGGCUCAGGAAUGCAAAAUACAGAACCCAGAGUUAGUGCGCAGCAUGUUCAGCCUGCUUAGGAGGCAGUAUGAUAGCAUUGGUGAGCUGCUGCGUGCCAUGAAAAAAAGCUACACCAUCAGUGAGAAAUCUGUGCAGGAUGCCAUUAACCUACUGGCCUCGCUGGGCCAAAUCCGCUCUCUGCUCAGUGUCAGAAUGGGUGAAGAGGAGGGCCAGCUCAUGAUCGAUGGACUUGGGGAUAUAAUGAACAACAAGGUGUUUUAUCAGCAUCCAAAUCUAAUGCGGGUCCUGGGAAUGCAUGAGACAGUCAUGGAGGUCAUGGUCAAUGUGCUAGGAGGAGACAAAUCUAAGGAGAUCGCUUUUCCCAAAAUGGUGGCCAGUUGCUGCCGCUUCCUUUGCUACUUCUGUCGCAUCAGCCGUGAGAAUCAAAAAGCCAUGUUUGAACACCUGAGCUAUCUACUGGAGAACAGCAGUGUGGGACUGGCUUGCCCAGCCAUGAGGGGCUCCACUCCUCUGGAUGUGGCUGCAUCCUCAGUGAUGGACAACAACAGUCUGGCUCUCGCUUUAGAAGAACCAGACCUGGAAAAGGUGGUGACAUACUUGGCUGGAUGUGGUCUUCAGAGCUGUGCUAUGCUGGUAGAUAAGGGAUACCCUGACAUUGGCUGGAAUCCUAUAGAAGGAGAACGCUACCUGUCUUUCCUUCGAUUUGCUGUCUUUGUCAAUGGUGAGAGCGUAGAGGAGAAUGCCAAUGUGGUGGUAAAGUUGUUGAUCAGGCGUCCUGAGUGCUUUGGACCUGCUCUCAGGGGAGAGGGGGGACAAGGUCUGUUGGCUGCCAUGCUAGAGGCCAUCAAGAUCUCUGAGGACCCUGCUCUGGAUCUACCCAACCUGCCUGAAGGAGGAGCACCUGCGACUGAGGAGGAUGUGGAGGAGGAAGAGGUGGCACACAUGGGCAAUUCUAUCAUGUCCUUCUACUCAGCCCUUAUUGAUCUUCUGGGUCGCUGUGCCCCCGAGAUGCAUUUAAUCAACACAGGCAAGGGUGAAGCUUUGCGUAUCCGUGCCAUCCUACGUUCUCUAGUGCCUACUACUGACUUAGUGGGCACCAUCAGCAUACCUCUCAAAGUACCAGUAAUCAACAAAGAUGGCACUGUGACAGAGCCAGACAUGAAUGCUAGUUUCUGUCCAGAGCAUAAGUCACCAAUGGUACUCUUCCUGGACCGUGUGUAUGGUAUUGAGGACCAAAGCUUUUUGCUAAAUCUGUUGGAGGUGGGCUUCUUGCCUGACCUCAGGGCUUCAGCAUCUCUGGACACAGAGGUGCUGAGCACCACAGAGACAGCAUUGGCCUUGAACCGGUAUAUCGGCUCAGCUGUGCUGCCUUUGCUGACACGUUGUGCGUCUCUCUUUGCUCACACGGAGCACUACGCCACACUCAUGGACUCCACACUUCACACCAUCUAUAGACUGUCCAAGGGCCGCUCUCUCACUAAGGCUCAGAGAGACUCCAUUGAAGAGUGUCUACUUGCCAUUUGCAAACACCUGAGGCCAUCUAUGCUGCAGCAGCUCCUGCGCCGUCUGGUCUUUGAUGUGCCUCAACUAACAGAAUACUGCAAGAUGCCUAUAAAGCUUUUGACCAAUCACUAUGAACAGAACUGGAAAUACUACUGCCUGCCCUCAGGCCUGGGCAGUUAUGGAAUGGCAUCAGAAGAGGAACUCCACCUUACCAAGAAACUUUUCUGGGGUCUUUUUGAUGCGCUUUCUCAGAAGAAAUAUGAUGCAGAGCUUUUCAAAAUGGCAAUGCAGUGUCUGAGUGCCAUAGGUGGAGCCCUCCCACCUGAUUACGUAGACAUGAGCCCAGCCACCACUCUGGUAAAGCAAGUCUCUGUUGAUGCGCAAGGAAACUUUGAUCCCAAGCCUAUAAACACUGCCAACAUCUCACUGCCUGAAAAAAUGGAUUAUAUAGCCAACAAAUAUGCUGAGCAUUGCCAUGAGAAGUGGUCUUCUGAGAAGUUUACACUAGGCUGGACUGCAGGUGAAAAAGUGGAUGACCAAGCCAAAACUCACCCUCUUUUGAAACCAUAUAAAGCACUGAGUGAGAAGGAGAGGGAAACUUACUGCUACCCAGUGAAGGAGUCACUGAAGAGCAUGUUGGCUAUGGGUUGGAUCAUCGAGAGGACCAAAGAAGGGGAGGCCAUGUUCCAACAGCGUGAGGCCGAGAAACAGCUUAAGAGUUCAGAAGCUUCCCAGGGAGACGGAUUUCAUCCAUCACCUGUGGAUUUGGAAAAUGUAACUUUGUCAAGAGAGCUUCAGAGCAUGGUAGAGUCUGUAGCAGAGAAUUACCACAAUAUUUGGGCGAAGAAAAAGAAAAUAGAACUAAGCAGCAAAGGAGGUGGGUCUCACCCACUGCUGGUCCCCUAUGACACAUUGACAGCGAAGGAGAAGUUCAGAGACAGAGAAAAGGCUCAGGAGCUCUUCAAAUUCCUGCAGCUCAAUGGAUAUGCAAUAAGCAGAGGUUUAAGGGACUUAGAGCAGGAUUCUUCUUCCAUGGAGAAGAGGAUCACCUACAAGUUCCUUAAGAGACUGUUGAGUUACGUAGACUCAGCACAGGAAUUCAUAGCCCAUCUAGAGGCAAUGGCCACCAGCGGGAAAACUGACAAAUCACCACAUGAGCAAGAGAUAAAGUUCUUUGCAAAAGUCCUGCUGCCAUUGCUUGACCAGUACUUUAAGAAUCACUGCCUUUACUUCCUGUCUUCUCCUAGCAUCAACCUGAGCAGCAGUGGUUAUGCUUCUAACAAAGAGAAGGAGAUGAUCACUAGUCUUUUCUGUAAGCUGGCUUCUCUGGUUAGACAUAGGAUUUCUCUGUUUGGAAGUGACUCAAGUACGAUGGUGAGCUGUCUGCACAUUCUGGCACAUUCACUGGACUUUAGGACAGUGAUGAAGUCUGGCUCUGAGCUGGUGAAGGCUGGAGUCAGGACAUUCUUUGAGAAUGCUGCAGAAGACUUGGAGAAAACUAUGGAGAACCUAAAGCUGGGCAAGCUGGGCCAAUCUCGCACCCAGAUGAAGGGAGUGGCACAGAUAAUCAACUAUACCUCAGUGGCACUGUUGCCCAUUCUUACUGCUCUCUUUCAGCACAUCACUGAGCACCAUUUUGGGGCAGACUUGCUGUUGGAUGAUGUUCAACUGUCCUGCUAUCGAAUUCUGACCAGCCUGUACUCUCUGGGAACUGGCAAAAACAUCUAUUUUGAAAAGCAGCUUCCUGUUCUGGGAGAAUGCUUGGCUACUCUGGUGGGAGCCAUGCCUGUGGCGUUCCUGGAGCCUCAUUUGAAUAUGCACAACCCACGUUCUGUCUUCAAUACCAAGACACCUAGAGAGAGAGCAAUCCUGAGCAUGCCUGAUACUGUGGAGGAGAUGUGUCUUGAGAUGCCACGUCUGGAUGGUCUGAUGAAAGACAUUCAUGAUAUCUCAGAGUCUGGGGCUCGCUACACAGAGAUGCCUCAUGUCAUCGAGGUCACCUUGCCCCUGCUGUGUAACUAUCUUUCUUACUGGUGGGAAAAGGGGCCGGAGAACUCUCCUACUCAUGAGAACUGCUGUACCACUGUCACUUCUGAGCACCUCAGCCUGAUCCUGGGCAACAUCCUCAAGAUCCUUAACAACAAUCUGGGCAUAGAUGAAGCCUCCUGGAUGAAGAGGCUUGCAGUGUACACACAGCCAAUUAUAAGCAAGGCAGGAGCAGACCUCUUACGAACACAUUUCCUCCCCACCCUGGAGAAGCUGAAAAAAAAGACUGUGAAGGUUGUGGCUGAGGAGGAGAUGAUAAGAUCUGAAAGCAAGGCUGACACUCAGGAGGCUGAGCUGCAGAUUCUAGAUGAAUUUGCUGUACUCUGCAGGGACCUGUAUGCUUUUUACCCUAUGCUUAUCCGCUACGUGGACAACAACAGGUCCAAAUGGCUAAAGAAACCAAAUGCAGAUUCAACAGAACUCUUCAAAAUGGUGGCAGAGAUUUUCAUACUCUGGUGUAAAUCUCAUAAUUUUAAAAGGGAAGAGCAAAACUUUGUGGUGCAAAAUGAAAUCAACAACCUUGCCUUCCUCACUGGAGACAGCAAGACUAAGAUGUCAAAGUCAGGAGGCCAGGACCAGGAGAGAAGGGGAAAGAAAAGAAAAAGAGAAUUAUACUCUAUUCAGACAUCUUUAAUUGUGGCAGCUCACAAGAAACUGCUGCCUAUUGGCCUCAAUAUGUGCACAGCUGGGGACCAGGAGCUCAUUUCUCUGGCCAAGAUCCGCUACAGUCUGAAAGACACAGAUGACGAGGUGAAGGAACAUGUUAAACAGAACCUACAUCUCCAAGAGAAGACUGAGGACCCAGCAGUGCAGUGGCAGCUAAACCUCUAUAAGGAUGUAGAGGUGAAGAAUGAAGAGCCUCUAAACACUGACCUAAUUAUCGAGAAAAUCCAAGGCAUCUCAGCCGCUGUCUUCCAUCUUGAGCAGGUGGAGCAGCCGCUCAGGUGUAAAAAAACAGUAUGGCAGAAACAGCUGUCCAAACAGCGCAAGCGUGCUGUGGUCGCCUGUUUCCGCAUGGCACCUCUAUACAACCUACCUAGGCAUCGCUCUAUUAACCUCUUCCUCAUGGGCUAUCAGAAACUUUGGAUAGUAGCAGAGGAGUACUCCUUUGAGGAGAAGCUAGUGCAGGACCUGGCAGUAAGUACUGGGCCAGCUUUGGUGCUGCCCUGUGUGCCGUGUGUGCCUUCUGGCGCCAUCUCUGUCACUGUUUGCCCUGCGGCCAGCACCUUGCCCGCUGAAUUGCGGCAGCGCGUCUCUGCUCGCCUCACAUCUUCGUCCUGGCCCGUGUUUGGCUCAGCUGGUUGUGUGCGUAGCCGCCAGGCCCUGCAUGAGUUUAGGCUGAGCCCGAAGCCGCGUAGAGCAGUGUAUCUCAGCGUAGCAGUGAAAACACCUAUGGUUGGGGAAAAGGAUGAGGACGAAGCGGAGGCAGAGGUUCAGCCAGACCCUCUUAACCAGCUCAUCCUUCACUUCAGUCAUAAUGCCUUGACUGAGAGAAGUGUCCUGGAUGUAGAUCCCUUGUAUAUUGCGUACGCUGAUAUGAUGGCAAAGAGCUGUACUGAGGAUGAAGAAGCAGAGGAGGAAGAAGGAAAAGAAAAGACAUUUGAGGAAAAGGAGAUGGAGAAGCAGAAGAUUCUGUAUCAGCAGGCCAGGCUGCAUGCUCGAGGAGCAGCUGAGAUGGUACUUCAGAUGAUCAGUGCAAGCAAAGGACGACUUGGUUCUAUGGUGACUUUCACUCUAAAAUUGGGCAUCUCGAUUCUCAAUGGAGGCAAUGUAGUUGUUCAGCAGAAAAUGCUGGACUACCUGAAAGAAAAAAGAGAUGCUGGGUUUUUCAAAAGUUUAUCUGGACUCAUGCAGUCUUGCAGUGUACUGGACCUGAAUGCAUUUGAGAGACAAAAGAAAGCAGAGAGUCUAGGAAUGGUGACUGAAGAAGGUUCAACCAACGUGAGUGAGCGGGGUUCCAAAGUACUACAAAAUGAUGAAUUUACAAAGGAUUUGUUUAGGUUUUUGCAGUUGUUAUGCGAGGGCCACAAUAAUGAUUUCCAGAAUUUUCUGCGAACUCAAACUGGAAAUACAACCACAGUCAACAUUAUUAUUAGCACAGUGGACUACCUCCUACGUUUGCAGGAAUCAAUAAGUGAUUUCUACUGGUAUUAUUCGGGAAAAGACAUCAUUGAUGAUCAAGGACAGUUGAACUUCUCCAAAGCAUUGGCAGUAGCUAAACAGAUCUUCAAUUCACUCACUGAGUACAUUCAGGGUCCUUGUAUUGGGAACCAGCAGAGUCUGGCUCAUAGCAGGCUGUGGGAUGCUGUGGUUGGAUUCCUGCAUGUGUUUGCCAACAUGCAAAUGAAACUAUCACAGGACUCGAGCCAGAUUGAGCUGUUGAAAGAAUUAAUGGAUUUGCAGAAGGAUAUGGUGGUUAUGAUGUUAUCUCUUCUGGAGGGUAAUGUGGUGAAUGGUACAAUUGGAAAACAGAUGGUUGACACAUUAGUGGAGUCUUCAAGUAACGUUGAAAUGAUCCUCAAAUUUUUCGAUAUGUUCCUCAAGCUGAAGGAUCUUACUACCUCUGAUAACUUUAAAGAGUACGACCCUGAAGGGAAAGGAAUUAUUUCUAAAAAGGAGUUCCAGAAGUCAAUGGAGAGCCAAAAGCAGUACACACAAUCUGAGAUUGAGUUUCUUCUCUCUUGUGCCGAGGCUGAUGAAAAUGACAUGUUUAACUACAUAGAAUUUGUGGAACGUUUCCACGAACCAGCCAAGGAUAUUGGCUUCAAUAUGGCCGUACUGCUCACCAAUCUGUCUGAGCACAUGCCCCAUGAUGCACGCCUCGCUACCUUCCUGGACCUGGCUGAGUGUGUACUUAGUUACUUUGAGCCCUACUUGGGCCGUAUCGAGAUCAUGGGAGGUGCCAAGCGGAUUGAGCGUGUCUACUUUGAGAUCAGUGAAUCUAGCAAAGAGCAGUGGGAGAAGCCUCAGGUGAAGGAGUCCAAGCGGCAGUUCAUUUUUGACAUGGUCAAUGAGGGCAGUGAAAGUGAGAAGAUGGAGCUGUUCGUAAACUUCUGUGAAGACACUAUUUUUGAGAUGCAACUGGCUUCGCAGAUAUCUGAGCCAGGGGUUGCAGAACGCCAUGAAGAGGAGGAAGAACCACACAGUCUGUUGGAGGAUAUGUCUGAAGAGGAAGAGCAGUCCCUCGAGUCUGCUUCAGCAUUCACCAUUGCCUGCAAUUCUAUGAAGAAAAAAGUAUCCAACUUCCGUCAAAUGCUGACCCUCAAGAACAUGCGUAAACAGUUCAAGAAGUGUAAGAAACUAACCAUUAAGGAAAUGAUCUUAGGGUUCUUUUCAUUCUUCUGGAUGCUUUUCACUGGCUUUUUUAAAGGCAUUUUUAGCCUGAUCUUUGGAUUUUUUCAUAUAAUCUGGUCCUCAAUGUUUGGAGGAGGACUUGUUGAAGGGGCUAAAAACAUGAAGGUAACAGACAUCUUGGGCAACAUGCCAGAUCCCACUCAGUUUGGAAUUCAUGGUGAUGUCAUGGAGCCAGAAAAAACAGAGAAUGGUGAAAUAGUGGUAGCUACAGAAAUGGUACAGAUGGCUGGCCCAGUUGACAAACUGGAACCUGAUGCAAUCAUAGAUCUUAUAAGUCCACCAACUAAGCGAGAAGGAAAGCAUGGACAGGAGCCUGGACUUGGGGAUGUCUCUGAAAUUAGCACAGAAGCCAGCCCUAAAGCUGAGGCAAAGAAGAAGCAACAGCAGAAAGCUGCAGCAGAGGAUUCUGAACCUGAGAAAGCUGACACUGAGAAACGUGAAAAAGAAGAUAAGGCCAAAGAGGAAAAGCCUGAAGAGCCAGAAGUGGAAGAGGCACCAAUUUCAAAAAAACAUCGUGGCUCAUCAAAGGAGGAAUCUCCUGCUUUAAUGGGAACUUUCGUUGCUGGCCUUGAAGUCUACAAGACCAAGAUGCUAAAUUACUUGGCUCGUAAUUUCUACAAUCUUCGGAUGCUGGCAUUGUUUGUAGCAUUUGCAAUCAACUUCAUCCUGCUCUUUUACAAGGUGACUGGUGAAGCUGAGGAUGAGGAAGAGGAGGAGUCCUGGGGUGGUAGUGAUGAUGAAGAUGAAGACGAUAUAGAAUUCUAUGUCCUUCAAGAAAGCACUGGCUAUAUGGCACCUACUCUGACUUUCUUGGCUGUACUGCAUACAAUUAUUUCUCUUCUUUGUGUGGUGGGAUAUUACUGCCUGAAGGUGCCGUUGGUAGUGUUUAAGCGAGAGAAAGAGAUCGCAAGGAAACUUGAAUUUGAUGGCUUGUACAUCACUGAGCAGCCCUCUGAUGAUGACAUCAAGGGUCAAUGGGACCGUUUGGUCAUUGCCACACCGUCUUUCCCUAAUAAUUACUGGGACAAAUUUGUCAAGAGAAAGGUCAUAAAUAAAUAUGGAGAUUUGUAUGGCGCUGAGCGUAUUGCUGAACUUCUUGGUCUGGACAAGAGUGCACUUGACUUUGAUCCAACAGAGGAAGCUGUGGUGAAAGAGGCUUCUCUGCUUUCCUGGUUGAGUUCUAUUGACACAAAGUACCACAUCUGGAAAAUGGGAGUUGUCCUAACUGAUAAUUCUUUCCUCUACUUGAUCUGGUACACCACCAUGUCAAUUCUGGGCCAUUACAACAACUUCUUUUUUGCUGCUCACUUGCUGGAUAUUGCCAUGGGCUUCAAGACCUUGAGAACUAUCCUGUCCUCUGUAACUCACAACGGCAAGCAGCUGGUGUUGACUGUGGGCCUGCUUGCAGUCGUGGUUUACCUGUACACCGUUGUGGCGUUCAACUUCUUCCGCAAGUUCUACAACAAGAGUGAGGAUGAGGAUGAACCAGACAUGAAGUGCGACGAUAUGAUGACUUGCUACCUGUUCCACAUGUAUGUGGGUGUGAGAGCUGGUGGAGGUAUCGGUGAUGAGAUUGAGGACCCAGCCGGUGACCCAUAUGAACUUUACCGCAUCCUUUUUGACAUUACUUUCUUCUUCUUUGUCAUUGUCAUCCUGUUGGCCAUCAUUCAGGGUUUGAUCAUUGAUGCUUUUGGUGAGCUGAGAGAUCAGCAAGAGCAAGUGAAGGAGGACAUGGAGACUAAAUGUUUUAUCUGUGGAAUUGGAAAUGACUAUUUUGACACCACACCGCAUGGCUUUGAGACCCACACUCUACAAGAACACAACCUGGCCAACUAUCUAUUCUUCCUGAUGUAUCUCAUUAAUAAAGAUGAAACUGAACAUACGGGUCAGGAGUCCUAUGUAUGGAAGAUGUAUCAGGAGAGGUGCUGGGACUUCUUCCCUGCUGGAGACUGCUUCCGCAAGCAAUACGAGGACCAGUUGGGUUAGAGGGAAUGUGACUGCCCUUUACCCGCAUGCUAACGAGAUUAGAACCUGCAACCUAAACAAGAAGUUCUAACUAGAGAAAAACAUGACACUGACCACCAUUUUCAUUUAUAAAGCACGGUUACAGGAUACGACACUGUCCACCUGAUCAAGACUAAGACAUUGAGCCACAAAUGUGAAAUGUUAACUCAGACCUCUAACACAAACAUGGUGCCAUAAUCCAACCUGCCUAAACAUGACAUUUAAUCUUAA